AUGGAUCAGUUCUUACUACCGUUUGUCAAAGAGCACUGUCUAUCGUGUCUGCCUCCACAGCAAGACUACCUCAAAUUAAAAGCACUGUAUCUGGAAAAGAUUCAUCCCAUCAUGCCGAUCAUACCGGAGUCUGCGCUGGAGGGUGAUGAACCAGUGAGUGUGGUGCUGAAACAACUCAUCUGUCUCGCUGCAUCUACAGACCCAAGCAUGGCGCUGUAUCUUCAUCUCCAGAACAAAGGCGAUGAUCUCCUCCCCUGCCAAGACUUUAUGCAAUCCCUCUCCUCCGCCGUCCGCGCCAUCCUCGAAACAAGCAUCAUAACAGAUCGCGUCCUUCACAUCCGCGCCCUCAUCCUCUUAUCGCUAUACACACAGCCCAACUCCUCCGAAGAAGCAGACCUCCCCGCACAACUGGGCGGCCGCGCUAUUCACCACAUCCAGACUUUAGGCCUUCACCUGCUGAGAUAUGACGGGCCCAACUCUGAGGAGCUGGAGACGCUGUUUUGUGCGGUUUGGGCGGUUGAUCGGAUUAACGCGGCGGUUUAUGGGAGGCCGUGUGUUAUGCAUGAGAGGGAUAUAGGCGCGAAUCUGGAUGGGUGUAUUAGGAAGAGACCGCCGUGCUUUAGGCUGUUUCUGAGUGUGGUGCAGUGGUUGGAUCAGGUCAUUGAGCUGUAUCGCCCGGGGCCCAGUGCUGAGGCGAGCGGGCUGGAUAAGAUUGCGUAUAUUGAUCUUCCAGUUCUCGAGGCCAUGAUCGUCAACGCCGAUGCCCUCAAAGUACCAGGUUCACUAAUCGGUAAGUCUCCCAUUCAGUCAAGUACACAUCUAAUAAUCCCAGCAACGAUUGAAACCUUCUACCACGCCGUCAUCAUCCUAUCAUGUCGUCUCCCACGCCCAGGCACACUAACAGCAGCAUCAACCCUGCCUCCCCCAUCCGCCAACGCCCGUCGCUCCCUCGCAGCAGAACGCAUCGCCUGCGCCGUCCUGCGCGACCACCUCUCCCCCAUGCCCUUCGUCCCCUACGCAGUCUGCCUCGCCCUAAGCGUAGAGUACCGCAAGAUGCGCCACUCCCGCCUGCCCAUGUUCCGCUCGCGCGCCAUGCACGCAUUCCGUCGCAACUGCGAGAUGCUCCGCAGAUUCGGCGACUACUUCUGGAGCGCCAACGUGGUAGCCGGUUUGGGCGAGCGGGUGCUCAAGGAGAUGGAGCGCGCUGCUAACACGCUCACGCGGGAAUCACCGUCGCCGGCGCCCGCGGUGGUGACUGCUGUGGCCGUGACGAAUCCGAGCAUGGUCAAUGCUGUGCCGAGCGUGGAGCAGGCCGUGGACUUUUCGCUGAUUGAUGCGAUCUCGGGGGCGGAUGUGUUUGGGGCUAUUGAUCCGAGUUUUAACCUGGGGGCUGUGGAAGAUGCGCUGGAGGCGAAUCUGGAUAUCGGGCUGCCGAUGAAUUGGGUUGAUUGGGUGCAGUAUGCUACGCUGUCGUGA